CCCACCCAAUUUGAAAUAUGGGGUCCAUCUCAGUUGGAGAAAGAGUUCUGAUCCCUCACUCUGUUCAUGGCUCAGUAUAUGUUGAUGGAUGGUUUGAGGGGAUUUCCUGGAAUUGUGAUGAAAGUUUUGUUGCUUAUGUUGCUGAGGAACCAUCUUCAUCAAGGCCCACGUUUAACAGUCUUGGUUAUAACAAAGUAGGCUCAACAGAUAAAGACUGUGGUAGCUGGAAAGGUCGAGGUGAUUGGGAGGAGGAGUGGGGGGAAGCCUAUGCGGGAAAAAGGAAGCCUGCAUUAUUUAUCAUCAGGAUUGACAGUGGAGAGGUACGAGCUGUUGAAGGAAUUCCAAAGUCCUUGAGUGUUGGUCAGGUUGUAUGGGCCCCAUCCAUGGAAAGCUCAGAUCAAUAUUUGGUUUUUGUUGCCUGGUCAGCAGAUAAAAGAAAGCUUGGCAUAAAAUACUGCUACAACAGGCCUUGUACAUUAUAUGCUAUUUUGGCUCCACUUCAUAAAUCAGGAGUAAAAGAACUUGAACUCAAAGAUGAUUCAAUUGAAGAAUUCUCUCUUCUCAAUCUGACAAAAAGCUUAAGUAGUGCCUUCUUUCCUCAGUUCAGCCCAGAUGGAAAGUUACUUGUUUUUUUAUCUGCAAAAAGCUCUGUGGAUUCUGGGGCACACUCUUCAACUAAUUCACUUCACAGAAUCAAUUGGCUGACCACCCAUGGAAAGCUGUCCCCAUCUGAAAAUAUUGUUGAUGUGGUAGGCUAUCAUUCUUUAUGUGUUCAUUCUGUGCACAAUGAACCCUGUUGUUGA